AUGGAUGGCAGUGAUCAGAGCAAGAUGAUGGUGAUGAAGAAGAGGAAGCCGAUGAGAGUGAUGGUGGCAAUGGACGAGAGCGACUUCAGCUUCCACGCCCUAAAGUGGGCCCUGGACCACGUGUUCGUGACGCCGGAGCCGGCGGCGGAGAAGACGGAGGAGGCGAGUCCGGAGGAGGUUGACAUGGUGGUGCUGGUCCAUGUUCAGGAGCCUUUUGUGCACUAUGGCUUCCCCGCCGGACCAGGUGGAACCGCCGUUUAUGCGACAACUACGGUGGUGGAAUCAGUGAGGAAAGCCCAGGAAGAGAAUUCUGCAGCUUUACUGUCUCGUGCAUUACAGAUGUGUAAAGAGAAGCCGAAUAUCAAAGCAGAAACACUAAUGCUGGAGGGAGAUCCAAAGGACAGGAUUUGUCAGGCUACGGAGCAAAUGCAUGUGGAUCUCCUCGUGGUGGGUAGCCGUGGCCUUGGAACCAUCAAGAGAGCAUUUCUUGGAAGUGUGAGCGACUACUGUACACACCACGCAAAAUGUCCAGUCCUAAUUGUGAAGCCGCCGAAGGAAACUGCCAAAUAG